AUGGCCUCAGACCUGUCCUCGCUGCUGAACUCAUCCAGAGCCUUGAAUUCGCAUUUGACAAGGCCAGAUCUCCCCUCAGUAAACCUUUCCCUUGACCAGAUCGAAGCUCAGUCUCGUCGUCUCGUUUCUCGACAGCCAGGAGCUUCAAAUGACACCGAUCGCGCGAAUUAUUUGUUGGCACAGGCCCAUGUCGAUGCUUCAGCUCUAGCAAGUUCAAUCGCCCAUUUGAACACCUCGACUACCUUCUCUCCUCUCCAACCACUCCAAGACACCGAUGUAGCAGGUUACCUUCGCCACGCACAUGAGCAAAACCUCAUAUCGACUAUAGAGGAGGGAAGGAAGGAGACACAGGAAGAUUUCUACCGUCUGCUCGAAGAACGUAGUAGACGCGACUGGGAGGCCAAGAAGAGAAGAGUCUUUGAGGAACUGGGUGGACGUGUAUACAAUGACAACAAACUGUCUGCAGAAAUGAAGAAGAGCUUCUAUAGCAAAGGUAACUUUUUGACUUUGCAAAUGCAGAGCAAGAUGAUGGCUUACGAUCGUGUCAUCGGCGAACUCAACUCUGCACGGUUAAACGGAGUAUCCUAUCCUGUUGUUCACUCGCUCAUGCAAGCUGCUUCCUCCCUGAACGUGGAUGCGUCUUCCGCACAAAUGGUGCAAAAUUUCCACAUUCUCUCCAAAAUCACUGCAGAGCCUCCAGCUCUCCCCCCUGUAGAACAUGCCGGUGCUCAUAUACUUAAUGCUCCCCUAUUUGAGCGCAAGUACGCGAAGGUUUACCUUGGGGAUCCCGAGUCUCGUGAAGCCAUAUCUCUCCGAAACCAAAUCACCAAAGGUGCUAGGGAAGCACUUGAAGACCAAUAUUGGGACAUUGUGGAACGCACGGUUACGGCACGCCCACUGGAAGCUCGACUGGGCGGUGAUCCAAGUGUUGCUAACAAAGUUCGAGCUUUCCUCCUGGUACGUUACUACAAGAAUGGCCAAUGGGAAGAUCGUAUAGAGUUGGUAGCUGGUCAGCCUCUUUGGGCUAGGCUUUUCUGUCUUGUGCGGUCGGGUCACGCACAAGAAGCGUUAGAUGAAGCACUUCGCUAUCAACAGGCUAUUGAGCAUCGUGAAGCUAGCUUUGUCAACCAUUUCCAGUCUUGGAUCGGAUCACCAGAUAGGCGACUACCAAAACCACAUCGAGAUCAUCUUCAAUCUGUGUACAAUGCACACAUGCUCCAUUCGGCCACCGCUGAUCCGUUUAAGCUCGCGCUUUAUAAAUUAAUGGGUAGACUGGAGCCUUCACGACGAAGUGUCCCUAAUGUUACAACCACUACCGAAGAUUGGUUGUGGUUCCAGCUUUCUAUGGUCGAUGAAAAUGAGGAAGGUGGGCUACGCGGCCUUGCUGAGGUUUUGUUGAGCUAUGGCGAACGACACUUUAAUGGGUCUGCUAACCAAAAAGGAUCUAAGAAGGGUGUCUGGGCUGGUGUACUUCUGAUCUGUGGCCAGUUUGAAAGGGCCGUUGCUUCUCUAUGGGAACAUCAAGAAACAGAGAUUGAAGCUGUACAUCUUGCCAUCGGCCUUGCUUAUCACGGGCUACUGCGUGUACCAUCUCGUGCUGAGACGUCUGAUAUGAAUCCUCUGACAUUAUCACCAAUUAAUCCUCCAGCACUCAGUCUUUCUACGCUAAUAUGGCGUUAUGUGCGCCAGUUUGUGAAGAUGGAUGCCAAGGAAGCUCUGCAAUAUGUCUACUGCGUAUGUCUGACGGCAGACCAAAGUGGUGGUGUAGGUAAAGAAAACCUGGAGAGUGCCUGGGAGCUCGUAAGACGGAUUCUUGUAUUAGCACAUUCUGGUCCAGUUUGGGAGGACCUUGUGGGUGGGUUCAGACCAGAUGGCACGAGAUUUAGUGGCGUCGUCGAACAGGGAGCCGCUCUCCUGCACCUGCAGAACAAUGCACAGUACAGAGAACAUAUCUUGAUUCGUACUGCCAAAAACUCUGAAGAAAAUGACCGUAUCCCGGAGGCUAUUAAAUUGUAUAAUCUUGCUGGUGACUACUCGACUGUCACUGCAUGCCUCGCACAAGCUCUAGGAAAUACACUUGCUGCGCUAAGCGGGGAAGGUGAAAAGAGCAGAGAGAUAGAGCGGACUGCGAUGGAAAUUUUGAAGCACUAUGAACGAAACAACCGAGCGGUAGGCAAAGAUAGAGAUGCAGCUAUUCGUCUUCUUCGGGUGAGGGAAGCCAUGGAUGCUAAGAGCGCAGGGCGUGCCGACGUCGCACUGGAGGUCAUGGAGUCAACAGGGCUUAUUCCUCUGGAAGGCGAUGUUGCCAAGAUCACGAGAAAAGCAGAAGAGUUCAAGGAUCUCCAUGAUGCCUUGCAGCGUAAUCUACAAACAUAUCUACCGCUGACGAUGGAUGCGCUCGCCGCUUUGCAUCAAGCAAUCAAAAGUUCUGCUGUCUCAGAUGUUACUCGAGAUAUGACACUAACAUCCUUGAGGAAGAAGUCGAGAUCUCUGAUAAUAUUUGCUGGCAUCCUCAAGUAUCGCAUGUCGCCAGACAUUUAUUCAUAUUUGGCAAGAUUGGAUGUCGAGAUUGCUCUGUAAUUUUUUUCUUCAUAGUAUAAUACCUACUGCUGCAUACAGAGCUAUCCUCGUCUAGCAAUUCGAAUCGACCUAAAACUGUCC